AUGCGUCAGUGCCCAGAUGUGGACAUUUAUGCGCCCGGGGGUUUCCAAAACCACGGCUACUGCGAAGACUCGGCUGCCUAUGUGAAAUUUUUAGAGUCGCGAAUACUUCCGACGUGGGCACUUACAAUGAAGUACGUGGACAACGCAACGAACGAGACGUUCUCGUACCACGACUUGUGUCCGAAGACGCCCAUGCUCUUUUUCAGUCACUACUGGGAUGGCUUCCCGGGGUCGCCGGAUUGGCCUGUAAAGAAACCGGUGUAUCUCAUGCCGAACAUUGAAAUGUAUGAGCUGACGGCUGAACAUUAUUGGGCUGUGGACGUCGUGCUUUGCAAGACGGCCAUUUGUGCGCGUUAUGUACGAAUGUGGCAUCAGCAAGAAGGCGAUCCGCGUCAUACAAAAGUGCUGUACACGAGGCACACGACGUCAGAUAUUGCAUCGCUGGCGAGGACUCGUCUUGGGGAAGAUUCAAUUAAGCCAAGGAACUGGUCGGAUGUGCACUUUGUCCACUUUAUCGGUAGAAGCGUCCACAAGGGAACCGGUGCUGUGUUAGAUUGCUGGCUUAGUCGCCCAGACUUUCCACCUUUGGACGUCUACAUGGACGAGAGGUUCUACGACGAAAAGCUGAAGGCCGAAUAUAAAAGCAAAACUCGAGACUCACAGGUGGUGACUAUUCAUCGAGGUCGCGCUUCUGCCACUGAGUUUGGCAAGUUGAUUGUAGAAUCGGCCUUUUUCAUGUGCCCGAGCAAGACGGAGGGUUACGGCCACUACAUAAACCAGGCGCGUGCUAGUGGCGGUCUCAUUGUUUCGACUAACUUGCCGCCCAUGAACGAGCUCGUGACUCCUGCGUCUGGUGUGCUUAUUCCAGCAAAGCGCCGAGCGUAUUUGCGGCAGAUGCUUGGAGGACGGUUUGAGGGAGAGCAUGGCUUGAAAGGGGUAGAUGGGUUCGUUGCCGCCGUUGAGGGGUCCGGCGUACGUCAGGCUGUCGAAGCAGUGCUAGCCAUGACUCCGGAUGAACGUGAGAAGAUGGGGGCACGGGCGAAGAGGCAGUAUUUCAUGGAUAUGAAGUUUUUUGCUUCGAAGAUGAAGGAGCUGCGGGCACUUGCCCGUGGAGUCGGGGGGGGCCUCAGUUUCGCUCUACAGACGCUGUAUGAGGUGGCUUUAUGUACAUGUAAUGUGAAAAGAAUGGGUGACAACAGGAGCUUUUUUUUUUGGAGACUGCACAAUUGCCAUGUCUGUAAGUUUGGGCGGUGCAGAAAUGAGGGAGUUGGCGGGCAAGAGCGGUAG